AUGGAAAAUAUUAUCAAGAUGUUCGUCAGUGGCAGUUCAGCUGAAGGACAAUCAUAUGCCAAUCAUUUUCGUCACGAUAACCAGUUUCAAGAUUUUGACUUCAUGCUAGAAGUCUGUGCCUUAAACUCCAAUGAUCAGUUAGUUCUAAUUAACAAUGCCCCGGGUUUCGUGUUAGUGAAGUGGUCGUCUGAAAAUGCGACCGAAAAGUUGCCGCAUAACGGUCAAUUCGUUGAUGGUUUUCGCAUGAAACAACUAUUUGCCGAUCGCUACAUAUCCUCUGUAAAUGCAAGUCCUCUCCUCGCAAGUCAGUUGAACACAACGACAGACACAGCCAGUAUAGAAGCAACUAUUCAAAGUGAUCUGAUACACCAAGCUACAAAAUUUCAUAAUGCUCUCAAGUAUGUCGAAACACUUCAAUCCGAUGAGAACAAGAUGAAAAAAUUUAUUGAAUAUCACGAAUGGUGCGAAGAUAAUAUCUCAAAUAUUUUCGGUAAAUGUUUACCAGAAUUUCCUAUGUACGAUUAUUUUGGUAAAAAUUACGUCUCAGACUGUUUCUGUAUGGUGAGCCCAGCUUUUGGAUUUCAAUUAUCAGCUGAGCAUCGUAAACGCGCAGAAUCGGUGUUAAAUUUUUACCUUAAAUAUCGGCAUUCCUAUUGCAUAUCGCAGCAGAUUUACAAAUAUCUUCAAAAAUCUAGUUGCUUAGACACGCGACCUGUCGAUGCGGACCUGGUNCCUAUGUACGAUUAUUUUGGUAAAAAUUACGUCUCAGACUGUUUCUGUAUGGUGAGCCCAGCUUUUGGAUUUCAAUUAUCAGCUGAGCAUCGUAAACGCGCAGAAUCGGUGUUAAAUUUUUACCUUAAAUAUCGGCAUUCCUAUUGCAUAUCGCAGCAGAUUUACAAAUAUCUUCAAAAAUCUAGUUGCUUAGACACGCGACCUGUCGAUGCGGACCUGGUUCCGGCGAUAAGACUUGAUUUCUGGCCUUCUAACAUGAAUUGGUUUCUCAAUCGACUGAAAACAAAUCGGCCGCUACUUUUCGAAAAAAUCGAGCCACUUCAUAUGCACAUUAUUCCAAAAUGGUCUGGUAGAACAGAAAAGUCGAAUGAGAAUAUUGAAUUUCGUUAUUCAUUCUCCGCCAUUGAAAAAGAACUAGCCGACCAGCGAUCACCUAUCGAGCAAGUUUUAAAUCGAGUAGCACGCGGUAUCUUUUAUAAAUAUCUACAUAAAAGUGUAUUGAAGCCGCCAUGUUCUAACAAAAAGUACUUGACAUCCUAUUUAGUUAAAACAACAAUAUUAUGGAUGUGUGAAACAAAGGAUUUUGACAAUAUUUAUGCUAUAACCAAUAGUUGUACUCCUCGAGUAGAAAAAAUGUUGGCUCAUCGACUAGCAAAUCAAUGGAUAGAAUAUGUUUGUUCAGUUUUAAAGUCUCGAAUUUGUCCACAUUAUUUUAUUGAGAAUUUAAAUUUAUUGGAAGAAUAUACCGACGAAUAUCUGGAUAACGCAUGUUAUGUCCUGCAGAAUAAUGUGAACUUACGUGAUGAUCAUCUAACUCAAAUUUUUCAGACGCCGCCGAAAAAUGAAGAAUCGAAUAAAGAAACCAGUGAUUAUAUGGAACAUUUUUUCGCAAACAUAGACGCAUCUGAAUUUUUUUCUGAUAGCACAGACCUGUGCAAUCAAUUUAUGCAUGGUUUCAAAAUGGAUUUCAGUAUAUACGGCGGUGAUGGUGACGGCGACGAUGAUGCUUUAGCUACUAUAUUUAUAUCGAGUUACUUGUUAUUAAACAUGAUGGCGAUAUUCGACAAUGUUGAAUUAAAUAACUGGCAAUUAUGGAAAGAUUUGUUCAUCAGCAAUCCGUCAGAGCAGUCGCCAAUCAUAUCUCAAAAAAUGACAACAAGAAAGAACACACCAGUUUAUACUUUAAUGAACAUGAUUUUAGUCUUUAGCUUAGAAGAAGUAGAUAAGUAUGUUUCAGAUGAAAAUUUGAGCACUAAACUUAAAAAUCUGGCCUCAUGCCCAAUUUUUCAAACUGGCGAUAUGAUAUCAAUGAGUUUAACAAGAAUGUUGCCUUUAAUUUUACAGCAACCGGGAGUUCUUCUUUCUCACAGACGAACUGUUUUGGAAAAUCCAACGAAUAUGGUACCGACGCUUGCCGAACACGUUAAAAAACAAACACCGGCUCAUNAGUAUGUUUCAGAUGAAAAUUUGAGCACUAAACUUAAAAAUCUGGCCUCAUGCCCAAUUUUUCAAACUGGCGAUAUGAUAUCAAUGAGUUUAACAAGAAUGUUGCCUUUAAUUUUACAGCAACCGGGAGUUCUUCUUUCUCACAGACGAACUGUUUUGGAAAAUCCAACGAAUAUGGUACCGACGCUUGCCGAACACGUUAAAAAACAAACACCGGCUCAUUUUCGGAAUAUCCUCUACUCCGAUUGUAUACAACCAACGAUUCCAUCUACAACGGUGCCAGCGACGUUACAUUCGAACGAAACGGUUGAUGAAAAUGUGACUACACAGAUGAUAGAAGGAUUCGUACUAGAUGGCGAAGAGUUUAAUACAUUAAUUAAUGAGACGAUUUCGUUUAAUCAAACUCCAUAUUCAUACUUACAGACUCAGCAAUAUCUAUCUAAGAUAGAUACCUCUCAAUAUUCGACUCGGACGACGAAUAAGAACAUAUCCGGAUGGGAAAGUCGAUUCGAUCAAACUUACAAGAGAAUAUUCUACGUCGAUCAUCACACUUUAGUCGUCACAUGGAUUGCACCAACAGUCUACCAUCUAGGUGAACGAAUUCAGUGGUAUGUUCAAACAGCAGUAGAGCAUCGUGUUUCAUCGCCCAGCAAAUAUAGAACAAACUUGCCGACUAUAAUUGAUUUGGAAUCGAAUACUCCCAGUGCAGACGCUCUAUUUAAAUAUGAUACUACAGAAUGGGAAGGUUUGCAUCAGAUGCAAGCGCUAGAUAAUUCCAUGGACAGUCUAACGCUGAAUGAUGCUUGGUAUAUGUGUUCCGACCAACAAAAUCGAACAUACUUUAUCAAUUCAGAAAGCAAGAUUCUACAGUUGAAUAGUCAGUUGGUGAAGGAUGUUCAAUCGUUGAGAAUCUUGCUAGCAGUUAAUACAACUACAGGACAAUUGAACCUUGAAAUUCAAUCUAAUAAUUUCUUUCAAAGUUCUUACGAUCUAAUAAUGAAGAUGGAACCCUUUGAACUACGCAGAAAAAUGUUUACAGUGAUCUUAUCAACUAACAAGGAAAUGAGUCAAAAGGAGAAGAAUGACUUUUGGUUUGUUCAACUUCAUGAAAAAAUGCUUGAAAUGAAAUUACUAGCAAAGCAGGACGCAUAUUACGAUCUCAUCGACUCAGAAGUUCCAGAUGUUUACUUUCGGCAAUUUCCGAUAUUCUACUACAGAAUACUAUUCAACAAAGAGUUGACAUUGAAUCUGUUAGAACUGAAAUAUUUCGAUCUUGACAAUUUCAACAAAGCAAAACAAAAGACUGAUAAACCAGUUGCAGAAAUUCUACAAAGAUAUUUCGCAAAACCAAUCAAGCUCCAAAUGAUGCAAAUACGACAAGGACUUAACGAGGUGAUACCAAUUGAAUGGAUGGAACAUCUGAACACUGAAGAUAUUGAAAAAAUGAUUAGUGGUUUCUGUACCGUACAUGAAAUGGAAAGAGCUCGUCAACAAGAAGAAACUUCAUUAGUGCAUAUGGCCACUGUUGAUACUAAAUCCGUCGAUACAAAUAUUCCAACCAACGAAGAUAAUAAGUCUUCAACAGCUGACGUAGUAGUGAAAACCAGAUGUUGCACAAUUCUAUAA